AUGUUUGCUGAGAUUUUGAAACAACUUGGUGUAGUCCAUCAACAAAGCAGUGCUUAUCAUGCUCAAAGCCAGGGGGCGCUAGAGCGUUUUCACCAAACCCUGAAGGCAUUGUUGCGAGCAUACUGCACAGAGUUGAGUAGAGACUGGGAAGAAGGUCUGCCUUGGCUUCUUCUGGCAGCUCGUGAAGUUGUGCAAGAAAGUACAGGGUUCAGUCCGAAUGAACUCGUGUUUGGACAUCAGGUGCGUGGUCCUCUCGCUAUUCUAAAAUCGAACUUGGAGAGUUCUGAUCCACCAUCAAACUUGUUUGACUACAUUAAUGGUUUUCGUCGCAGACUUUUCUUGGCUCGUAAACUAGCCUCUGAGAAUCUUAAAAAGGCUCAGAGAAAAAUGAAACGAUGGUUUGACCAAAAAUCUGAAAGAAGAGUGUUUCACCCAGGAGAUAAGGUGCUUGCCUUACUUCCCAUUCAGGGUUCACCAUUUCAGGCAAAGUUUUACGGUCCAUAUUUUGUGUUGAGACAGGUGUCUGAACAAGACUACAUGGUUUCUACCCCAGACCGUAAACGACCAACUCAACUGUGCCAUGUAAACUUACUAAAGCCUUAUUUUGGUCGUACUCUGGAGGAAAAAGAUGUGAAGGCAGUUGCUGCUUCUGUGAAAGUAGACUUGAGCUGCACAGCAGGAUUAGAUGAGGAUGUGCAAACUCCAGAUGAUGCUGUGUUUCAACCAAGACUUAAGAACUCUGAGAUAUUGUCUAACUUCCAAAUAUUAUUGAGUCAUUUGUCUACGGAAAGAAGUGAGCAGUUGAAGCAGUCAAUUUUGGAUUUUCAUGUUUUGUUUAGUGACAUUCCAACAUGUACUAAUUUAAUUGAGCAUGAUAUUGAUGUGAAAGAUGCGCAGCCCAUCCGUCAACAUUUUUAUCGUGUUCAUCCUGAGAAAAGCAAGUUUUUGGAGACAGAAAUUCAGUAUUUGCUGGACAACGGCCUGGCUAAACCAUCUUGUUCCAGUUGGGCCUCACCAUGUUUGUUGGUUAAAAAACCUGACGGUACUUAUAGAUUCUGUACUGAUUACAGGAAAUUGAACAGCAUUACAAAACCUGACUCCUACCCGCUUCCCCGGAUGGAAGAUUGCGUUGAUCGUGUUGGAACAGCGAAGUAUAGUCCAAAUCAGCGGUUGAUGCGAUGGGCCUUAUUUCUGCAACCUUACAACCUUGAUAUUCGGCAUAUUCGAGGCACUGACAACGUACUGGCUGAUGCAUUGUCUCGUGCCAUUGAUGGACCAGAAUAACAAGAAAGAUGGUUACAGAGGUCCUUGUUGGGAUCCUCUGUUUAAAGGGGGGAGGUGUUACGGCUGCAGUGGGUCUCUGCUUUUUCUCCUUUUAGGAUCCUGGAGGCAGGCCUUCUGCAGGUGUUAUGUUUUUUCCCUGAUUGGUGCUCUGCUGCUUUAAAAGCUGUCAUGCUGCAGCAGUCAGGAGGCUUUUUCUCCUCUCCCUCCUCAGAACCCCAGUUGGUUUGGUUUGGACCUUAUGAUUGAGUUUUGUUAGGUUUAUUUUGCGUUUGUUUAUUUCUAAUUGGUUAUGGGUUUUGUAUUAAUCUGUUUUGGCUUCUUAUUUCAGGUAAUCUCUUUUCAGGUUUUACUUAAUAUAAUUUAAUAAAUUUCAUUCUUUGAUUAACUCAGAAAA